UGGAGUAGCUCAAACUCAAGAACUCGUCUUUAGGAUCAUAAUUUAAGAGAGUACAAAGAUGCACCUUUUUUCUGCCUUUUUUUUUUUUUAAUAAGGAAGAAUGCAACAGAUGCUAAGUAAUGAAAAAGCAGCUAAUAAAUACCAGCUACGAAGCAGUUUUCUUAUUGCUGUUUCACUAAGGUCUUCUUAUCACAUGGUUGUUCUGUGGAAGGACAGUCCUAUAAAAGGGAAAACCAGAGCAGGAUGAGCUGAUGGGAGAAAAGAAACACCGUGGGUGUCUUGUUUCUUAUUUGCAUAGUUUUUAAUCUGAGGAAGAAUGAGAAGUUCUGGUCAUUGCCAAAUGAAAAUCAUAGAAUGGUCUGGGUUGGAAGGGACCUUAAAGAUCAUCCAGGUCCACCCCCCUGCCCUGGGCAGGGACACCUCCCACCAGCCCAGGCUGCUCCAAGCCCCGUCCAACCUGGCCUUGAACCCCUCCAGGGAUGGGGCAGCCACAGCUUCUGUGGGCAAUCCGGGCCAGGGGCUCACCACCCUCACAGUGAAAAUGGUUCAAAAAAUCACGAUAGUACAAGUAAAAGCACAAAAAAUCACCUCAAAAUGCAUCAAAGAAAAAAAAAAAUGCACCACUCACGUGGCAAAUGCUUGAGACCUGCACACUUAUCAAAUUACGAAUCUUGCAUCUGUAUUUACAAGUUAUAUGACCUCUGCACCAGGGAAGGGCCAAAAGCCCUGGCCCGUGUCCAAACAACUUAAUUUCUAGUGGUGUAUGUUCCCACACAGCUUGGGAGGAGCCUCAGAACGGGGUCUGGAGCUGGUCACAGCACAAAGUAAGUGUCACCCACCAUCACGGCACUGGUCAGUGCCCAAGUCCUUAUGAAAUGUCCUUGUUUUCCAUCCGUCAGAGUGGAAACCAAGCUGCAAGCUGUGGAGGCUCGGUUCACAGCCCUGGACUCCAGCCUGGAGACACUGGCGCAGAAGUUCAAGCUGCAGGAGGAAAUCCUGGAGGAGGAGACGGGCCAGGAGGUCCCGUGGAGGCUCGGCUCGGAGGAGGAGGAGCAGCGAGCGGUCGGGCGGCGGGAGCGGCGCGCCGGCGAGAGACGGGGCGGAGCGGGCGGGCAGCGCCAGGGCGGCCGCCAUUGCGGGAGGCUGCGGCCCUGCCUGCCGCCGGGCCCGGGGGCCGCCGCGCCCCCGCCGCCGAGCUGCAGCUCGCUGGGUGCCGGCUCCGUGCUCUGAGCGCUCGGGGACCGGGGGUGUGCGGGGCUGGGGCGGGAGGGGGGCCCGGCCUCUCCCCGCGGCGGCGGAGCGGCCUCCCAGAGCCGUGAGCGGCUGCCCGGGCCCCGCGUCCCCGGGCUCGGUCCGGCUGCGAGGGAAAUCGGGCCGGAACAGCUUAAGCGAAUGACUGAACGAGGAGGAGCCUCCCCUCCUCUGAUGCACAGGGAUGUUGUGUUUCACCUUCAGAGCAGGCUGGAACCAAGUCUGUACCAGAAGCGUCUUCUGAAGGACGCGCGUGUACUGAAAAAUUGACGGAAUGGAAGGUACUGAUGUUGUACUAGUGUUGCUUCUCUACUUCGAGUCAGCAUGUCGAAGAAAUCGGAGGCUCCGCUCUCCUUGUCUGACUGCCUCUGCCAAAUUUGCAUGGAGAUCUUUGUGGAGCCUGUGACUCUGCCGUGCAACCAUACCCUCUGUAAUUCUUGUUUCCAGCUGACCGUUGAAAAGGCCAGUCUUUGUUGCCCUUUUUGUCGGCGUCGAGUCUCUUCCUGGGCACGAUAUAAUGCCCGCAGAAAUACUCUUAUCAACUGGGAACUCUGGGAAAAGAUUCAGAAGAAGUACCCGAAGGAAUGUGAGCGUAGGAUUAACGGACAGGAUUUGGAAGAGGAAAUCUGUGUCCCUCAUCCACAACACCAGCUGAGCAAGCCUGGGGAACUGAGGCAGGAAUAUGAAGCAGAGAUUAGCAAGGUGGAGGCAGAAAGGCGAGCACACGAACAAGAGGAGAACAAGGCAAGCGAGGAAUACAUUCAACGGCUUCUAGCAGAAGAGGAAGAGGAACACAGAUUGGCAGAAGAGAGGCGGAGGGAGAUGGAGAAACAGCUGAAGCAGGAUGAAGAGUUGGCCUGGCAGCUGAGUAACAGUCUGAAUGACGAUUCCAAAGGACGUGUGCUCAGCAGUCCUUCACCAGCAGGCAGUCCCUCAUCCGAAACAUGCCCAGUUAAUUUGUGCAAGAUGAAGAGCAAAUCAAGCAACUCUGGAGACAUUCAGAAGUAUCUGUCUCCAAAGGUUCAUCGUUCAUUGGGGUCAGCAUCAUUCCCUAGAAGAACAAAAGGAGGAACGCGCGAUUCUGGCUCUGCGGAGACCAAUAGCAAUGAAUGCAGCAGUUGCAUGUGGCAAGAUGAGCAAGUGGAAAUGCCAACACUGUCUCCACAGCUGACCAGUGUGAUUAAAGAUUCCAGUGCUAAGGAUUCAUUUUUAGAAUCAUGCAUGAACUAUUUCAGUGCCUCAGCUUCAGGGGUCACCAGUGCUGUCAAGCAGGAAAAAACACCAGGACCAAAUUGUCUAGGAGACGAAGUUCCAGAUGAGCUUAAUGGAAUCGCAGAAGAGGAAGGGUCUAGAACAGUUCUUUGCAGAUCCAAAGGAGAAGAUGAUGGAAUCGAGUCAGACAGUGGCAGUUUAACACAUGUAGAAAACAUAAACUGCGAAAUCUCUGCUGAAACUUGCACCCGUAUCCAGUCAGCAACAAAUUCUGUGACGUCUCACAGAAAAAGUGUAAAAUCUGAUGUCACGAAGGUGACUGGACACUCAGAUGAAGAGAAACCAGAGAGACUGCAGAACACUAAGGAGACUCCAAAAAGAAGGUUGCUGGAGCCACCAGCCGAAGCAGCGGUUGACUUGUGUGUGCUUGAUAAGAGGAGAAGAACAUUCACAGAAAGCUUAGAGGACCAAGGGGAGCAGGUAAAUGAUUUUAACUUGCAAAUGCAGAAAGCCUUUGAGCAGGAGUUCUAUGAAAGGCGUAUGCAAGAGGAGCAGGACAGGCUUCUGGCUCUGCAGCUACAAAAACAGAUCAACAAGGAGGAAAGGACACUCAAUCGACAAAAGGGCUCUCCAGAUGAGUACCUUCUUCGCACCAAACCACCUCAGUUUGUGAAAGACUCUCCUGUGAGAAAGGGAAGUCCUAAAAUGGCAAAAGACUCAAAGGCUCAAAAAAACCAGGCUGAAACAAAUCACCGUAAAACUCGGAAAGGUUCUUGCAAUGAAAACUGGCAGUCCCCUACCAGAGUCCGAAUGAAGUCGCCCAGCAUCAAGGGAGGAAAAGUUUUGAAUUGUGUGGUUAAUACCAGUGACGCAAAUGAUAUUUGUUCACUACCCAAGAAUAAGCAAAAGACGAUCCUUCAGAUGUUUAAAAGCUCUGUUGUGGAGUAGAUCAACAGAACCACCAGACGCAUGGUGGAAUGAGAAUUAAUACCAUGGUAACACUUGCUGCUGUGUUAGUUAAAGCUUCCUGUAAAGAGUUUUAAAGAUGUUGGUUUUGAGGGGGAUGACUUUGGGUCACAAAGUUGUGUAUUCUAAGAAGUUUUAAUAACAUACACCCCAAGACUUCAGAAGAAUUUAGCUGGUCUUCUCUUGACUACAUCUUGUUUUCUGGCACUUGCAUUUAUACGAUUUUAAAUGCGAAUACUGUUAGUGCUUAAAAACAAAAAUAACUGGUGGUCUUCUCUUAAUAUGAGAACUUGGAGCUUUUCUUACAGCAAGGAUGCACAUUCCACGGAGGAAACAAGCAAAAAGAUGAGUCUGUGUUUCCAGUUGUCUGCCAACUGCAAGGUUGAGGCUUCGCUCAGUGCAGCCACUGUUUUUUAAAUUGAAGCAUGUCAUUGGAAUUUAGGUUGUUUGUUGCAUUGCAUUGUUCGCACCGCAGUUAACAAGAGUAUAACCAGCCAGCCAGUCUUGCAGACACGCUCUUUCCCUCUCAUAUACUAACCCCUUCCUUUGAAAAGGCGGGAAAAACCAGGUCAUUCUCCCACUGACAAAGCCAAGGAUCUUCCAUAGAUGCCAAUAGUAUAAGUAGUUGUGGGCUUGUGUUUACCUCUGUUCAUAGAGGUCACUUCUGCGGAUCUGACUCUUGUUAAGAAGAAGAUACUUUUGUUUUCUUAUUGCUAGUGUUCCGCAACUUUAUUAUUGUGCGAUAAUAUUACCUAUAUUUAGUGCUAUUUAAUUUUCAUACUCAGACUGGUUUGAGUAUGGUUAAGAACACAUAAUAAGAAAAAAAUAGUUAGUCCAGAAGACAGUUAUGAUAGAGAAAGUUAAAGCGAAAGGGGGUAAGCAACUGAAAACUGGAGUUGUCAGUGAUGAUGUAACUAUAAUUAAAGAUUCACAAAACUUCCAUGCCUGGCUCCUCCCCCAUUUUUAGAGGCACUACCAAAUGCUGUCUUCCAGUUGAGUUUAAAACUAAGUGCAUUCAAAAGAAUUACAGUUUAGACACAGGAGGAAGCUGAGGCCUGUAGGAAGUUGAGGCUGGUGAAGAGUUGACCAGCAGCUACUCAGCAAAGGAAGUAUCCCUGCGAGAUUGUUUUAUCUGCUGCUGUUUCGAAACCAUCUUUUAGCCUUUCUUUGCUUGUAAUAUUUUUUUCCACUGUCCGUGCUUGAAAGAGAGCAAAGCACCAAUCUAUGUUGCUGAAGUGCGUGUGCUAAUCACCAAAGUUUGCAAAUGUUCUAAAUGUGUACUUUCUUUGAACCUCGUUGAUUAUCUGUAGACUUUAACUUGGGUCUGGGACGUUUGUUAACAAAAUACUUCAAAGCAGCAUCUUCUGCUGUUUUAAGUUGGGGAAAAAAACCAAAAACCAAACUGACAUUUUAUUGAAAGCGUGAACAGCACACCAAGGCAAAAAUAUUACUUGGGGUUUUUUCUUUGCCUGCCUCUCUAUUAAUGGUGGGUUUCUCAUAAAUAAAUGAUCUAGUUUAAGACGCUUUUUGAGAAGGUUACAACAGGUGACUUCUCCUUUUUCUGCCUUAACCAUUGUGCUGGAAGCCUUCCUUCAGUAUAGAAUCUGUUUCUGUUGAAUCCUUAACUUUGUUUGGGUUGUUUUCUGUCUUGCCCAGGCAUUUAAGUAUAAGCCUUCAUUAAAGUGUUUUUUUAAGACAAAGAUAGUGACUGCUUUUGUGCUAGUGACACUCAGCCUUUCCAGUCAUGAUAAGCAUGUAAGAAGUAAACUCUCCGUUUUCAAAAGAGUUGAGCAGAAAGAGUUUACUUUUGAAGUCUGUUCAGCCUCCUUAUACAAUCAGUUUCUGAAAUCGGAUUAUUUUUAACUUACUGAAAAGAUGGAGCUCCUCCUUCUAAGAUCGCGUCUCCCAGUGGCUGCUGCCCAUUCUCAAGCAUCCCUGAGCAGAGGGAGCACAAGCUCCUCUGAUUUAUUGCUGUUUUGGUGUAACGGGCUGUUUAGGAACAGGUUUGGAGUGGUGCAGGGCAGUUCCUGGCCUCUUCCCACACAGGUCA